AUGCGUCUUUCCGUCCUUCUUGCGGCCCUCUCGGCCGGAGAGAUCGUGUCUGCAGCCCCCAGCAGCAAGCCUUUGCCCGGGGGUGAUGUGAACCCCUUUGUUGGCAAGACGCCAUUUGCCAAUCCGAAAUGGGCUGCCAAACUGGACCAGACAAAGCGAGCAUUCCUUGCCAAGGGCGAUGUAGCCAACGCCAAGAAGGUAUCCAAGGUCCAGCAAGUCGGCACCUUCGUCUGGGUGUCCAGGCGAGCAGAUCUCGUCAACAUCGACGAUGCUAUUGCCUCCGCACGGGCGGAGCAGAGACGGACCCGCAAGAAGCAGAUCGUCGGUCUGGUGCUCUAUAACCUCCCAGACCGCGACUGCAGCGCUGGCGAGAGUGCCGGCGAACUCCACAGCGACCAGGACGGGCUUGGGAUCUACAAGCGCGAGUUCAUCAAGCCCUACGCUGAGAAGGUCGCUGCCGCAAAGGACCUCACCUUCGCCAUCGUCCUAGAGCCCGACUCUCUGGCCAACCUGGUCACCAACAUGGGCAUCGAGCUGUGCGCGAAAGCCGCGCCUGUAUACCGCGAGGGCAUUGCGCAUGCUAUUGCCAGCCUGCAGUACGACCAUGUGCACCUCUACAUGGAUGCUGCCCACGGCGGAUGGCUUGGUUGGGAUCAGAACCUGCCUUUGGCCGCGAAGGAGUUUGCCGAGGUUGUGAAGCUGGCCGGCGAGGGCAAGAAGAUCCGCGGAUUUGUCACCAACGUCUCCAACUACAACCCGUUCAAUGCCACCGUCCGCGAAAACUACACCGAGUGGAGCAACUCCUGGGACGAGUCUCAUUAUGCCACGUCGCUUGCCCCCUUCCUCGAGACCGAGGGCCUCCCCGCGCAUUUCAUCGUCGACCAGGGCCGUGUCCAUCUUCCCGGCGCUCGAAAGGAAUGGGGUGAAUGGUGCAACGUUGCGCCCUCCGGUUUUGGUCCGGCACCCACUACCAAGACCAAUAACACGGUUGUUGACGCUCUCGUCUGGGUGAAGCCAGGCGGCGAAAGCGACGGCCAAUGCGGUAUGGAAGGUGCGCCGCGAGCCGGGGAGUGGUUUGACGAGUAUGCCCAGAUGCUUGUCAAGAAUGCCCAUCCCUCGGUUUUCGACCGGCACUGA